AGUGCGACAAAAAAGAAGGAACCAUCGCCGGCAACACCAGCACAACAGGAUGAAACAAAGCCGCCGGAAAAUCGGGAUCCGUUCAAGGAAAUUUUGACAGGACUUGAAGGUGCGGCCUUCCAAAGUCGCAUCCCAUGCGAAAAAAUGACUGCCAUCGAGAGUGCUUGUUUUCCGGAGAUCAUCAAAAACGGAUUAAUAUCGACGCGGGUCUUUUUGAACAUCAGAAAUCGCAUUUUGCAGAUGUGGAUUGAGGACCCAAAGACACAGCUGACGAUCGAAAAUACUCUGAAAAAGAUGGAAAAGCCGUUCGAGUGUGACCAGGAGUUGGUGAAGAAAAUUCAUUCGUUUCUCGAGCGUCACGGAUACAUAAAUUUCGGGAUUUUCAAGAGAUUAAAGCCACUUCCGACCUUGAAGCAUGGGAAAAUAGUCGUAAUUGGGGCAGGAAUUUCUGGUUUGACUGCUGCACGUCAAUUGCAAUCAUUUGGCUUCGAAGUGAUAGUUUUGGAAGCUCGAGAUCGGGUUGGAGGUCGAAUAGCGUCGUUUCGAAAAAAUAAUUACGUCGCUGAUUUGGGAGCUAUGGUUGUCACAGGAGUUUGGGGCAAUCCCAUUACUACUCUAAGUCGCCAAAUUGGCAUCGAAAUGCUCCCGAUCAAGCCAAUGUGUCCCCUGUACGGCGCCGGAGGUAAAUUAGUGAAAAAAGAAAAAGACGAGAUGAUUGAACGUGAAUUUAAUCGAUUAUUGGAGUCAACGAGUUAUUUGUCGCACACCUUGGAUAUCAAUUAUUGCGGAAAUUGCCCUCUGAGUUUGGGAGAUGCCCUCGAAUUUUUGAUAAAAAUGCAGGAAAAACACGUCAAAGAGAAACAAGCGCAGUAUUUACAGGAAAUCACACAAGUUCAGGAGAAACUUCUCGCUGGCGACGAAUUAAUUUUGAAAAAAGUUGAGCAAUUGAAAGAAGUAAAAGCCACAUAUGCGAAGCUAACGAACCAGUCGAACAAAAAACAAUCACAAGCAAAAACGGAAGAAGCGGAAACAGCACAAGCAGCACUCGAAUGGCAACGACGCUCAACAAUGCGCGAAUGGAAACUCCUGUGGAACGAAAUUGAAGCGCAAAAAGAGACAAAUGCCGAACUCGAAACAAAAUUAAAAGAUCUGGAAAAUAACCCACCGAGUGACAUCUACUUGUCGUCCAAAGAUCGCCAAAUUCUCGACUGGCAUUUUGCGAAUCUCGAGUUUGCCAAUGCGACGCCGCUGAGUAACCUUUCGCUCAAACAUUGGGACCAAGAUGACGACUUUGAGUUCAUCGGGAGUCACACAACCGUCAAAAAUGGAUAUUCCUGCUUGCCCAUCGCACUUACGGAAGGUUUAGACAUUCGCGUUAAUACCGCAGUAAAAAAGAUAAAAUACUCCCCGGGCAAGGCGCAAGUCAUCGCGGAAGAUUUCAAAACGAAUAAUCAAUCGGUGACGUACAACGCGGACUUGGUUCUUUGUACACUUCCGCUUGGAGUGCUUAAAGUUGCCAUUUCCGAUACGACAGAGCAGUUAAAUACCGUGCGAUUUGAUCCGCCGUUGCCAGAUUGGAAACAAGCAGCGAUCCAAAGACUCGGUUUCGGAAAUCUGAACAAAGUAAUUCUUUGUUUCGAUAGGAUUUUUUGGGAUCCAAAUACGAAUCUCUUUGGGCAUGUCGGCAGUACGACACAAAGUCGCGGCGAAUUGUUCCUUUUUUGGAAUAUUUCGCAGUCGCCGGUGCUGUUGGCGUUAGUAGCGGGACACAGUGCUGCCAUUAUGGAGAAUGUGAGUGAUGAUCUCAUCGUGGGACGAUGCAUUGCGGUGCUAAAAGGCAUUUUUGGGAACUCUGCGGUGCCACAACCGAAGGAAACUGUCGUUACGAGAUGGCGUGCCGAUCCAUGGGCUCGUGGAAGCUACAGUUUCGUCUCUGUCGGCGCCAGCGGCAGCGAUUACGACUUACUUGCAGCUCCCGUACGAAAUAACGACCAAAAAGGAAACCCAGAAAAAGAUUUGCCUCGACUUUUCUUUGCUGGCGAACACACAAUCCGCAAUUAUCCGGCGACAGUACACGGAGCUCUUCUCUCUGGACUCCGAGAAGCAGGACGAAUUUGUGAUUAUUAUCUCGGAAUGCCCAAUGGCAUGCAUGACGACCCUAAAAUGUAAAAUUAGACAAAAUUCUCAGAGAUUUAUAAAGUUAGAAAUUUGUGAAUUCAAUUUAUUUCUAUAAGCGUCUGACAUCCAAAUCCAAGAGAUCGAAGGCAUCAUUCGAUAAAAAGGCGAAAUCAUAACCCAAUAUUUGAGAAAUUUCCUUUUCUGUCGUCUCGAUUUUGUUACAUGAUGAUUUUAGCCAUUCGUAAAACUCCUCGGUCCAAUCGGGAUUCUUGGGCCAAUCACAUUUUAACAAAAUAUUGCUUUUACGGGCGUAGAUUCGUUCCAAAUUUGUA